GCGCGGAGGGGCGGGGUCGGCCCUCAGUGGCCAGCUGGGAGCCGGGGAAGCGGAGCUUGCGCAGAAGCCCCUCUGGGUGUGGGAUGCAGUUGCUGCCCCAGAGCCAUGGCGGAGGGCCAGGGCCGGAAAUGGGACCCAGUUCCCAAGCCUUCGGUGCUGUUCCUGCACCCAGACCUGGGUGUGGGCGGCGCCGAGCGGCUGGUACUGGACGCGGCGCUGGCGCUGCAGGCGCGCGGGUGUAGCGUGAAGAUCUGGACAGCGCACUACGAUCCGGGCCACUGCUUCGCCGAGAGCCGCGAGCUGCCGGUGCGAUGCGCGGGGGACUGGCUGCCGCGCGGCCUGGGUUGGGGCGGCCGCGGCGCCGCCGUCUGCUCCUACGUGCGCAUGGUCUUCCUGGCGCUCUACGUGCUGUUCCUCGCCGACGAGGAGUUCGAUGUGGUCGUGUGCGACCAGGUGUCCGCUUGUAUCCCAGUGUUCAGGCUGGCUAGACGGCGGAAGAAGAUCCUGUUUUACUGUCACUUCCCAGAUCUGCUUCUCACCAAGAGAGAUUCUUUUCUUAAACAGCUGUACAGGGCCCCGGUUGACUGGAUAGAGGAAUACACCACAGGCAUGGCCGACUGCGUCUUAGUCAACAGCCAGUUCACAGCUGCUGUUUUUAAGGAAACAUUCAAGUCCCUGUCUCAUGUAGACCCUGAUGUCCUCUAUCCAUCUCUAAAUGUCACCAGCUUUGACUCAGUUGUUCCUGAAAAGCUUGAUGACCUAGUCCCCAAGGGGAAAAAAUUCCUGCUGCUCUCUAUCAACAGAUACGAAAGGAAGAAAAAUCUGACUUUGGCACUGGAAGCCCUGGUACAGCUGCGUGGAAGAUUGACGUCUCAAGAUUGGGAGCAGGUUCAUCUGAUCGUGGCAGGUGGUUAUGAUAAGAGAGUCCAGGAGAAUGUGGAACAUUAUCAGGAAUUGAAGAAAAUGGUCCAGCAGUCUGACCUUGGCCAGUAUGUGACCUUCUUGAGGUCUUUCUCAGACAAACAGAAAAUCUCCCUCCUCCACUACUGCACGUGUGUGCUUUACACACCAAGCAAUGAGCACUUCGGCAUUGUCCCUCUGGAAGCCAUGUACAUGCAGUGCCCGGUCAUUGCUGUUAAUUCUGGUGGACCCUUGGAGUCCAUUGUCCACAGCGUCACAGGGUUUCUGUGUGAGCCUGACCCGGUACACUUCUCAGAAGCAAUAGAAAAGUUCAUCCGUGAACCUUCCUUAAAAGCCACCAUGGGCCUGGCUGGAAGAGCCAGGGUGAAGGAAAAAUUUUCCCCUGAAGCAUUUACAGAACAGCUCUACCAAUAUGUCACCAAAUUGCUGGUAUAAUCAGAUUCUUUUUAAGAUCUUUAUGCUACAUUCAUUAAUGUCAUUUUUAUGUAUUGUAGACCCAGUUUUGAAAUCUAAAAACGAGAAUCUAAUGCAGAAGAGUUUUUUUAAAAAAUAAACGAGUCUUGAAUCAGAGCCACUUUCCUAUAUACCACACCUCGCCGUCCACUUUUCAGAAAAACAAUGUCUUUUAUGCUAUAAUCAUUCCAAAUUUUGCCAGUGUUAAGUUACAGAUGUGGUAUAAUUCCAUGUUCAGCAGAGUAUUUUAAUUAUGUUUUCUCUGGAUUAUUGCUCAUCUGUCUGUAAAUUUUGAAUGAUGCUGUGCCUUACUUGGUUUUGAUAGUUUAAGUGUAUAUCAUUAUGAAAGUUGAUUAACUUGGGUUCAUAGUAUAAUGAGAGCAGGGCUACUCUAGCUCCCAGAAUCAAUCCACCAAAGUAUUCACUGUCCUCUGUUAGGGAACUCUUGUUAGUCAUGUCUUUGCCUGGAUCCAUAGCAAAAGUGCUGUGUAUUUUAUUUUUGAUAAUUUGUAUUUUUGCACACUGAAAUAUAAUAAAAGGUGUUUAUC